AUGUCGCUCAGUGACCUAGUAUUAAAUAAAGCGACGGUUAUGUGGAAAGGAGGUAGCGGUGGAUUAUAGCAUCGGCUUGGCAAUUUUAAAUACUACCGGUACAUUCAGGAAGACUUGUCAGCGUCGAAAAUUUACAAAAAAAAAAUCAGUCAUUCAUCCCACAGUAAAUUAUUUUUGUAUAAUAUUCCGGAUCAUGCUGAAAUCUGAAGGAAAACGUAUAGCAGAAAAUCCUCACUUGCCUUGAGCAGCGCUGCAGUGCGAUCUCUGCCUCUCCGUCCGACUGGAUUUCAUCAGCAGAUCGAUCUACAACAGCACACACCGCAUUGGGUUUUAACUGGGAUAUAUUCUCUCUUGUCGCGGUUUAGCAAAUCGGUUUGGUGUAACUGAAGUUAUUGGUUUGCAGAGGACCGAAUUAACGUUACAAUUAAACUGGGAUGGACAAUGCCCAUACAAAGACGGUUGAGGAGGUGCUGGGAUAUUUCGGUGUCAACGAGACAACGGGACUGAGCUCUGAGCAAUUAAGGAAGAGCAGAGAAAGAUGGGGCCCCAAUGAGUUACCUGCAGAAGAAGGUAAGUCACUAUGGGAACUUGUUCUGGAGCAGUUUGAGGAUCUGCUAGUUCGGAUUCUUCUCCUUGCUGCCUGUAUUUCCUUUACUCUGGCCUGGUUUGAGGAAGGGGAAGGAACAAUCACAGCCUUCGUAGAGCCAUUUGUCAUUCUCCUCAUUCUUAUUGCCAAUGCCAUUGUAGGAGUGUGGCAGGAGCGUAAUGCAGAAAAUGCCAUUGAAGCCCUAAAACAAUAUGAGCCUGAAAUGGGGAAGGUGUACAGACAGGACAGGAAGAGUGUUCAGAGGGUCAGAGCCAGGGAGAUUGUGCCUGGAGACAUUGUGGAGGUGGCUGUUGGUGAUAAAGUCCCAGCAGACAUCCGACUGACCUCCAUACGCUCUACUACUCUGAGAGUGGACCAGUCCAUCCUGACGGGGGAGUCUGUAUCCGUCCUGAAACACACAGACCCAGUGCCUGACCCCCGUGCCGUCAACCAGGAUAAGAAAAACAUGCUCUUUUCUGGGACAAACAUUGCAGCAGGGCGAGCGAUAGGUGUUGUUGUGGCCACGGGGGUGCAUACAGAGAUCGGGAAGAUCAGAGAUGAGAUGGCAGCCACCGAUCCAGAGAGAACCCCUCUACAGCAGAAACUAGACCAGUUUGGAGAGCAACUCUCUAAGGUGAUCACAGUGAUCUGUGUGGCGGUUUGGGGCAUUAACAUCGGUCACUUCAGUGAUCCAGUGCACGGAGGCAGCUGGCUGCGUGGAGCUGUGUACUACUUUAAGAUCGCAGUCGCUCUGGCUGUAGCCGCCAUCCCUGAGGGUCUUCCUGCUGUCAUUACCACAUGCCUGGCUCUAGGCACACGCCGCAUGGCCCGCAAAAAUGCUAUAGUCCGUUCCCUCCCAUCAGUAGAGACACUUGGCUGUACCUCUGUCAUCUGCUCUGACAAAACAGGCACUCUUACAACCAACCAGAUGUCAGUCUGCAGGAUGUUUAUUGUGGACAUCGUGGGAGGUGAGAGGUGUUUACUGAACGAAUUUACAAUAACUGGAUCUACUUACGCCCCUGAAGGAGAAGUGUAUAAGGACGGUGUAAUGGUAUGCUGCAGUCAGUAUGAAGGGCUGGUGGAAAUGGCCUCUAUCUGUGCCCUGUGUAAUGACUCUUCACUGGAUUACAGCGAGAGUAAAGGUGUGUAUGAGAAAGUGGGAGAAGCGACUGAGACGGCUCUCUGUUGUCUGGUGGAGAAGAUGAACGUGUUUGACACAGACCUGAGAGGCCUCUCGCCUGCUGAAAGAGCCACUGCCUGCUGUUCAGUGAGUCAUAAGCAGUUAAUGAGGAAAGAGCUGACUCUGGAGUUUUCUCGAGACAGAAAGUCCAUGUCUGUUUUCUGCUCUCCAAACAAACUCACUCGCUCUGCUUCAGGUGCCAAGAUGUUUGUCAAGGGGGCACCAGAGAGUGUGCUGGAGCGUUGCCGCUGGAUACGGGUAGGAGGUGGUACACGGGUACCACUGACCUCUGACCUAAGGGAGCAGCUCUUAAGCACAGUAAGAGAGUGGGGCUCAGGACGUGAUACACUUCGCUGCCUUGCCAUGGCAACUAGAGAUUCACCCCCUGACCCUCGAACCCUGAACUUAGAGAACUCUGCAGCCUUCACAGAAUAUGAGUCGGACUUGACAUUCGUAGGCUGUGUUGGAAUGUUAGAUCCACCCAGGAAGGAAGUGUUGAAUGCAGUGCGUAUGUGCAGACAGGCUGGUAUACGGGUCAUUAUGAUCACAGGUGACAAUAAGGGCACUGCCCUGUCUAUCUGUCGUCGAGUGGGCAUCAUUACUGAACAGGAGGAAGAGGAGGCUGAAGGUGGGCCAUAUGGCAGCGGCCUCACAGGACGGGAGUUUGAUGAGCUGCCUCCCCACCUGCAGCGAGAGGCCUGCCGCACCGCCCGCUGUUUCGCCCGCGUUGAGCCAACGCACAAGAGCCGCAUUGUAGAAUAUUUGCAAAGCCUCAGUGAUAUCACAGCGAUGACGGGCGAUGGUGUGAAUGAUGCCCCAGCUUUGAAGAAGGCUGAGAUUGGCAUUGCUAUGGGCUCAGGCACGGCUGUGGCUAAAUCUGCUUCAGAGAUGAUCUUGGCAGACGAUAACUUCUCAACCAUCGUAGCUGCAGUGGAGGAGGGCCGUGCCAUUUACAACAACAUGAAACAGUUCAUCCGUUACCUCAUUUCUUCUAACAUUGGAGAGGUAGUCUGUAUUUUCCUCACCGCUGCUUUGGGAAUGCCCGAGGCUCUGAUCCCAGUCCAGUUGCUGUGGGUCAAUCUGGUGACGGAUGGUUUCCCAGCUACUGCUCUCGGCUUCAACCCCCCUGACCUGGACAUCAUGUCCAGACCCCCACGCUCACCUAGAGAACCACUCAUUUCAGGCUGGCUCUUCUGCAGAUACCUCAUCAUCGGCUGUUAUGUAGGGGCAGCAACUGUUGGAGCUGCUGCCUGGUGGUUCAUGGCGGCUCAUGAUGGACCAAAGCUCAAUUUCUACCAGCUGUCUCACUAUCUGCAGUGCAGUGAAGGUCAUGCUGAGUUUGCAGGAGUGCAGUGCUCAGUGUUUGAGUCUCCUUACCCCAUGACUAUGGCGCUGUCUGUGCUGGUCACUAUAGAGAUGUGCAAUGCCCUCAACAGUUUGUCAGAAAAUCAAUCUCUACUCAAAAUGCCUCCGUGGUCAAACCCCUGGCUGGUGGGAGCCAUCUGUCUCUCCAUGGCCCUACACUUCCUCAUCUUAUAUGUGGACCCUCUUCCUGUCAUAUUUCAGAUCCGGCCGUUGUCUUGGCCCCAGUGGGUGACUGUUCUCAAGAUGUCCCUGCCUGUUAUUUUAAUGGAUGAAGCCCUGAAAUUCUUGGCCAGAAACUACAUUGAGCCUGGCAGCGAUCUGCAGCUGGAGGAGGAUGGAAUCGCAGCCAGCGGAGUGACUGGCAAGCUGCAACGGGCAUUUAGGGGUGUGUCCUGGUCAUUUGUGCUCAUCUCUGGCCCAUUGCUGGUCUGGAUCUUCAGCCUGGACUCAGACAUUACCAACAUCUUCUGGGAUUAGAAAGAAGGAAGAUGUGUGUGAGUGCGUGUGUGAGUAUGUCUGAGUCAGAGAGAGAGGCAGGCAGAAAAGAAGCUGAUAAGCAGAAGCAGUAAAAAACGAUCCAAUACAGAACAAAUUUGGAGCUCCGUUUGAAAAACCAAGAUGUAGGGAUGAAAUCUAGAGCAAGACCAGGACAAUCACAGAUAAAGGAAUGCUGGGAAAUAUUAGGGACAUAUAGAGGAAGGGAAAUUGAAAUUGGCAUGUUUUGUGCUCAUGACCGCCUUCUUCAGUUUAUCUGUGUGUCACUGGUUUUGCAUUGUUCUUCGGUUUAUUAUUUGUAUUAUUUAUUUAUUUUUUAAUACACAUACAUCUGUAUUCGUUUUAGUUUUAUGAAAUAAGUUGCUUUUUAUGUGUGUAAUUUCUGUAAUACUAGCAAAACCAAAUGUCUUAUAUUUUCAGGUGAGACAUAACAAUGUUGGCUCAUCCAUUGGAAUGAAUUUUUAUAAUUUUAACUAAUCCAUGAAAGACAGUGGAAACGUUUGGCACUGCUAAUUACACAGAAAUUACACACUUCCCUUUCAAGCAAUGUAGCUGUGACACCUCAAAAGCAUGGCAAUUGUCUGUCAAAAACUCCUUUUACCACAUGCUGUCACACAUCCCUGAUUUAAUACUUUUUGUUGUAUAUGUCUUAUUUGGAAUGAAGGAAAAUUUUGUGGGCCCCUAAGACAAUUUAACUAAAUAUUAGGCGUUUUGCUUUAAGUCAAAGCAAGUUCAAGUUCAAGUAAAUUCACCAAGAAGACUGUAAAAAAAUGUUGUUUAACCUCUGGUGUGAAUAAUGCCAAGUUCCAUUAGUUAUCUGUUUGAUGUUUCCUCACUUGCUUGGGAUAAAACAAUUUUUUUUUUUUUUUUUUUUUUUUUGUAGCAAAAUACAAUACUCAAUACUAACAUACUUAUGUCUCUGGCAUUUUCUUUUUAUUAUUUGUUUGGUACCCAAACCAUUGUUUUAUUUUUUCAUUUUUUAAUCAAGUCAUAAUGUCAGUUGUCUCUUUUGUUGUGACAUUUAUUUAAGUGUCCUCAGAUUCCCACAGUCAUAUGACGAAAAACAAAUCAUUUCAGCAUCUUACCUGGAAUGCAUCCGUGUAUCUGUAACUGUUUUUGAAAAUUGUCUCUCUCUUAUAUGCCUGCUAUUCAGCAAUGCAUCAAAUUUUAAAUUAAGAAAUACUAUUAACAUUCUUGAAACCGUGUGUCUUAUGAUCUUUUAUUCGGGUAUGCCAGCUAAACUGUGCUUCAUUAAAAAUCUUUAUACAUGUCACACUGCUUGCAGUCACGUACUUUUUUUUUUUCAUGGGGCUUGGGAUUUCUCCACAGUUUUACACAGUUGAUCAUGUUGAAUCAUUACUUUCAAUAUGAAGAGGGGAUUUUUUAAAAUAUUUUCAGUGUGACUGCUUUUGAUUUAUUGCUGUGCCUGUAUGAUGGGAAAUUUGCCUGCUUUUUCACCUUUAAUAGGACCCUCAUCUAACCAGGGGCCAAUUCAUUUUUAUUAAGACCAAACAUCAUUAUCAGGUCUCCAAUCAUUAUAUUCUGGUUACUUUUGGAAAUAGCAUCUGUACUUAAUCAGAGCCCCCCAAAAAAUUGAAAGAAUAGGUUGAAUUCUAUAAUAAGCUUUCAAGUUCCAGGCAAAAAAGGGACAGGUUCAUGUUCAUCAUCAGUUUAUUUAAAGUAAUUGUUUCCCUAACCUAUCUCUGAGGCUUAAUGGGUUUUUUUUCAUUGAAAACCAUUCCAGAAAAAGGAACAUUAUAAAAGAGAAAAACACUGUUCUGUCAUUUUGAUUAUAUUUAUUUAUCUUGAAAAAGAAUACAUUUUGAAUUUAGUAGUAUUUUGUUAUUCAUACAGUUGAUACCAUAACUGUCAUUUAAUCACUGUUUCAUUAACGGAAAUGGAAACUGCUUCAUGAAAUGGAAAAUAAACUCUUGGUUUGAAAUUCA